AUGGUAGCGAAGGGAAAGAAGACCGCGGCGCACCAGCAUGACAAGCGACACGAGAAUGGCAACGCGGCACCGGGCAAGCGCAUCACCAAGCAAAAGAGCAGCUCGCAGCUCAACGGCCAUGCCAACGGGAGGCCCCAGGCGUCGACGCCGCCGCUCCCCAGCCAAGUAGACGACCGCAUGACGCAGCCGGCCAGCGCCCACGACUCCGCCUCGGGGUCCAGCGUGCACCACACCACCAUGGCCGCUGCCGCCUGUGGAGUCGCAGAGGAGCGCGCGCGAGCUUCAUCCGACGCUUCGCUCGACAAUGGGGACGCCUGCCGCCUGUACGACACGGGCAGCGGCCCCUUCGACCCAAUGCCGCCCUCAGCCCUCCGCCGUCUCGACGGCAAUGCCUCCAAGUCUGUCUCCAUGGCCAGCAUCCUCUCCGUGCCCGCCACCAUUCUCACGUCCUGUCCUCUGCGGGACGUCCUCGCCAUCCUCAUCAUCCUAUUGCAGCUACCCCCCACCGUCCUCACCGUUGUACAGUUUCUAUUCGCUACACUCACAUUCGUCCCUCCCCAGGCCGGAACCCCCCUCUCCGCCCUCUCCGCGUUUCCCUCCUUCACCGACAUCUUCCAGGGUUCUGGCGGGACACCAUCGCUUUUUACGACAAUCUUCGCUGACGCUCUCAUACUCGUCGUGUGGCUCAUACUCUGGGUGCCCGUGCAAAAUUUCUUCCUGGAUCUUGCACAGGCAGUCAUUGCCAUAGCCCUCGGCGGCGCCGCAGCGGGAAAGAAUGGCACGACGAACAGCAUAUUCAUAUGCUUCAUCAUCAUUCUCUCCAAUCAUCUCUUCAGGUUCAGGCCUCUCCGGCAACACAUUGUCCACUUUGUGUGGACCGGGCUCUCCCGGGGAGGCCUUGAAUUUCUGACGAGCCCACCGAGUUCGCCGACCACUUUGGAAAGCUUCUCAUCCCCCCACGGAUGGCUUCGCAGCAUCCUGGGAAUUCAUAUUUUAGCCCAAGGUGUCGUUCGCAUUAUCCGACGCUCUCUAUCUCGACGAGACGCAGCUCCUACGCUGCCCACUGGCAAGAAGACCGAUCCCGAGGCUGGCGUGCUCCAACGUGCCAACUCGACCACGCUCGAUCCAAACGCGGAUGUGCCCAACUCAUCCAGUACCGAUGGCCGGCCCCCAGGGCCAUCGCCCGCAGCACAUUCGAAGACGGAUAAAACGAGUAGCACGCGCCGGAAGAGGAAGCAAGCUACUCAUGUUCGUAGUCAGCAGCCGUUUUGGGCUGCUCUUGCCAGUACAAAAGUUACAGUUUUAAAAGAGAUGGAAAGUAGCCGGGCAGCCAACGACGCUGACGAGGCUAACGCAAAAGACGCAAAUCACAUUGGAAACGCUGUUUGGAGAUCGGAAGACGAUCGUGUUUGGGUUUCUGAAGUCGGCUAUUCCGACAUUUCCUUUCGUGUCAAUUUAUUUACCGGGAUCGAGUUUCAAGAGCAGGACGAGGAGGAUUUAACGACCGGAUCGGGGAUCGACAAGUCGAAGCCAUUUUACAUUCGUGUAAAUGGCGCAGACUGGAGUUCGACCAGAAUCCGCCAGAGCACUUCGCUCGGCUACCAAGGUCAGGAGGGCACUGGCUUCUGGGUAGGAGAGAUUUUCGGUCUCACAGCGCUCUCGAAUUACUACUGUGAGUUCGUACGGACUGUUGACAACGAAGUCUUCUACUCGGCGAGCCUGAUCACUUCGGCCGGCCCUGUAGCCGAACUGGCUUCCGUUGCUUCACCGCCAGCACACCAGACGCUUCGUCCAUCAUCGCCAACGACGACCCUCAAGAACUCGAUUGCCGCAGCCGACCAGCAGCUACAGGAGCAGCGUAAUCGCCUGAAGCGAGCAAAGAAGGACCACAAGACCGCCAUUGGUACCAUCCGGAAAGAGGUGGACAGUUUGAGCAAUCGCCUUGCUAAUGCAGGAGGAAGUGAUGAGCGCCAGCGCCAGCGUGUCCUUCAGUUCACUCAAAACAUCCGCCAGGCCGAAGACGCAGCAGCCGACUUUUCCCUGCAGGCCGACAAUCUUGGAGAAAUCCCAGAGGAAGAGGUUCAGGAGGCAGCCGCCAAGAAAGCAGCUUGGAAGAAGGAGCGUGACAACAAGAACGCCAUCGCUAGCGAGUUCGACAACGUGAAAGCCGAGAUUGAGCGCCAAAUCCAAAGCGUGGAAACCGAUAUUGCCGGUACUCUUCGACAGAGGGAACGCCUUCAGCAACGCCAAACCAGGCUUAACGAGCAGCACGAUCGUCUCGUUACCGCCAACGCUGAGGGCUUCACUGCCAAGCAACGAAAGGAGCAGGAACGGACCGCUUUGCGACAACAGCGUGCAGAGAUUGAGAACCAAUACCGUAGUAACAUUAACGGUUAUGAACGCCGCACCGAGGACGCCAACCUAGCCACGGGACAGAUGAUGCAGACAAUUCACCAGUACGAGGAACUCAUACUCGCACAGAAUCAGCACCACAUGUCUGUACCGACAACUCCUGAAGGUCCUCUUCCUGGUACCGGCAUGUCUCCCAACGCCAAUCCCUUUGCAAGCUUCACGUUUCCCUCGAUUCACUCGCACGUUAACAGCACGCCUGGAUCUCUUCGUGGCGGACGUGGCCGUUCCUCCUCUAUGCUCUCCAAUAUCUCCGGCUUCACCGACGGCUUCGAUGAACCCUACUCGCCCUCCGGAUACACUCUCGGAAACCCCUUCAACGCCCCGCUCAAUGGCCAUAACGGCAGCCACGGAAGCGGCAGUCUGAGUUCUGGCACAUCGAGCCAGAGCUCCAGCCAAAGGGAUCCCAUGAGCCCGGUCCAGCCGGUCAAGCCAAUGAUGGUUCGCAGUGCCGGCAGCGCGGGUUUGAUGAGUCCGAUUGGAACAGGAAGAUGAAAGAAAAACAAGCUCGAUUUGCAGUCUUUGCGGGUCUUUAAAUAGUGUUUCUCCAAUGUGAUAUUGCGCUUUUCGUGGAUUUAUAAA